AAUUAGAGUGUAGUGGUUUACAGACUUUAACAAGUUUUGUAAAGUAUUCCGCAGUGAUGACAGGUGAUAUAACUGGAUCUUGGUUUCCGAGUGGUUAUUAUGGGCAUUUCCGAAGUAAAUCCCGGAAUGACUACUUACAAGAAUAUCGCUUAGCAGCAAGACCCACCCCACCAGAAAAGAUGGUACAGAGGCUAAAGGAUAACCCCAGGAAGCACUCUUUUUCUGCUCAUGACAACCGGCAUGUUUUUCAGACCAAUGCUCACUAUUUUGAAAGUGGUUUAGGAAGAAAGAAAGUGAAGAGCUCUGUGGCCCAGUCCUCCCGGUUUAAUCCAACUUUAAUUAGCUGGAUGCCCUUGAAACUUGAGCUUUCUGGAACAGGUCCACUAUUCAGCACUUACCGAAAUGACUUCCACAACUCUUCAAGUGCUGGAUUGUCUUUGCAGAACUCUUCUCAGCAUGCUGUAAUGCCGAUUUUGUCACCAUCUGAGAGCUAUAAUACCACCUACCAACAUGCCUACAGCCAUUGUCAGCCUAAUUCCAAGAUCCAAACUAACAUGUUGACAGGAAGAGUUUCCAGUGAGUCCCUGGUAAGGGAGGCCACUUACUCUUAUUUUAAUGGGAAGUCUGAGCCCUCCUUCUCCAACCCAAGAAGGCCAAAAUCAACUCCAUUGGUUACCCUUUCUGUAUCAGACUGUCUCAAGUGGAACACAACAGGAAAUUGACACUGGCAAUACCUCUUUUUACUUUUUCAUCAUGUGGUUAAGUAUGUUAAAGUGAGUCAUCUGUGCAAUUGAGUUCCACCGUGUCUUCAUCUAUUAUCAAAAGAAGAAUAUCAACUUUUUUGUCAAAAAACAUAGUAUUUCAAGGUGGAGACAAACUUCACAUGAUGGUGACUAGCAGGUGAAUUAGGUUCAGGGCAAUUAGAAAUAUUGGCAGUGUCAAAGGAGCCCUCCAUUGCUUGAGAGCAAAACAAUCAACAUACUUAUGGUGUGAUUUAACAUUUUACAUAUAUCUUGAACUGUUCAGACUUCAGUACGCUACAGCAUAUGUCUGUUGUCUGAAGGCCUUUUGUCUCCUUACAUGUGACUGCAGUAUAUGAUCACUUUUUGUCAUAUUGCUCUCUUCAUGUAAUACAGCCACUAAAGCUCUUCAAAUAAAUGUGGUGACAUUACUGCACAUGACAAUAUUAUGCCAGUUUUCCUCUGGGUGGGUAACACAUUUUCUUUGUUUUUAUUUGAUGUGGAAUUUAAUUUAAAGUGACAGUAAAUCUUUAUAUAGCAGGCAUUUAAUUACCUCAUCAAUUACGGGAUAAUUCUGUGACAUAUGGCUAAUUCAUUUAUGUUAAGACAAUGACAGUGAAUUACUAGGUGAUUAGGUAAACCAAGAUUUACAACUCCACACCCUUUUAACUUUUUAUCAUAACAGCUUCGCAGGGUUGAAUAAAUGGAGUGUGAUGACUCAUUUCCGACAGCGUUCAGUAACACAAUACUCUGUGUCACUAAUGCAUUAUCUUUUAUAUUGUAGCAGGAUACUUGCUAUUCUGACA